AAACAGAAAAUGAGCUGCGAGGUUCUCUGAAGGCCGUUAAUGCUGUUUAUAUCAUAGUGGAAAACGAAAACGUUGAAAAAGCCAGAAAUGCUACUGGAAACCUCGACAACUUUAAGAACAUCUUCGUGUUUGGAAAAUCUGAGGAUUGUUUUUCCUUUUAUGACAUGAUACAAGAUGAUGAUGGUUUAGCUUAUAUUGGUCCUCCAAAAGUCAACCCCAAAGAAGCUCCUCUCAUUUUGACAUUUUCCAGUGGGACGACUGGCUUACCAAAAGCUAUUGUUCAUACACACUAUGGAAUUAUUGUCUCAACAAUGCAGCUUACGCAUCCUACUACACUUAAGUUCUCAUGGGAAAAUAUCGUCUUAUCAACGUAUCCACUUUGUCACUUAGGCACCUUCCUAAUACUGAAUACAGUCAUAAAAAAUGGUGCAUCACUUAUUGUGGCUCCAUAUUACCACUUCGAAUUAGUUCUGGAAGUUAUUGCUCAUCACAAACCAACAACUGUUUUUGCCACAGUUGCUUUAGUCUAUAAACUACUAAUGGACCAGAAAGUUCAAGAUUUCGAUCUCACUAGUGUCAAGGAGAUUAUAACAGGAGCAGCACCUUUAAACCGAGAAGCGAACGAAGAGGUUAUUAUGAAAAAGUUCCCGUUCUUGAAAAGUGUUCGACAGAUGUACGGUUUGAGUGAGACGAUGAUUCUCUCUAUUGUGGAGAAAGGAAGUGUUCUUCCUAAUUCUGUUGGAAAGUUAUUUUCUUCAAAUGAAUUAAAGGUGAUAGACGUCACCACUGGUGCAACUCUGGGUCCAAACGAAUGUGGUGAGAUUUAUGUACGAGGAGAACAGGUGAUGAAAGGUUAUCUGAAUAAUCCUAAAAUAACAUCAGAAACAAUCACCGCUGAUGGUUGGUGUGUUACAGGGGAUUACGGAUAUUAUGAUUCGGAAGGAAACCUUUAUAUUACUGACAGAAUAAAAGAAAUGAUCAAGACGGAAUUCCACCAAGUUUCUCCAACAGAAAUUGAGUCAUUGUUGUGCAGUCAUCCUGCUGUUGAUGACGCUGCUGUAAUUGGGAUAGUGGAUUCUUCCUUGGAGGAAGUUCCACGUGGCUAUGUAGUGUUGAAACAAGGUUGUAAAGUGGAGCCAGCAGAACUUAUUCAGUUUGUGUCAGAUCGUGUAUCACAUCCCAAACAUCUCAGAGGACUAGAAGUUUUGGACAAAAUUCCCCGGUCUGAAAUGGGAAAAAUUCAACGAAGAACUUUGCAGAAAUACUAUUAUCAAAAUUACAAGUAAACUGCUAAUUGUUUUUUUUUUUCUCUUUUUCUUUUUUUUUUGGAAAUACUGCUAUGACCUCAAAUACUUCGAUGAUAAAAACAAUGGUAUUACAUUUGUUAAUACUUUGAUGAAAUAUGUUUAUCACAUUCAUGUUAACCAUACAAUAACAGGCUUCAAAUAACAAUGAACUAAAAACAAUCAUUUUAGGCCUUGUUUUGUCUGUUACAUCUCAUUAAUUAGGUGGCUUUUCUAUGAAUUUCAUAACAUAUCAGCUAGACUGGAGGAAUGGCAACUAAUAGACUAUUGGAUGUAUUAUUUCUAUUCACUUACAAGAAAUCAUUGUUAUGG